GGCUGUGCGGCGGCAGCAUGGAGGUCCUGCCCUGCUCCAGGGUGGCUCACAUCGAGCGCAAGAAGAAGCCCUACAACAACAACAUCGGUUUCUACACCAAGCGCAACGCCCUGCGGGUGGCCGAGGUGUGGAUGGACGACUACAAAUCGCACGUCUACAUCGCGUGGAACCUGCCGCUGGAGAAUCCAGGUAUUGACAUUGGGGACGUUUCCGAGAGAAAAGCAUUAAGGAAGAGCUUGAAGUGUAAAAAUUUCCAGUGGUACCUGGACCACGUUUAUCCGGAAAUGAGGAGAUACAACAACACUGUCGCUUACGGCGAGCUUCGAAACAACAAGGCGAAAGACGUCUGCCUUGACCAGGGCCCGCAGGAGAACCACACAGCAAUAUUGUACCCGUGCCACGGCUGGGGACCGCAGCUUGCACGCUACACCAAGGAGGGCUUCCUUCAUCUCGGCGCCCUCGGGACCACGACGCUUCUACCCGAUACCCGCUGCCUGGUGGAUAACGUGAAAAGCCGCUUCCCUCAGCUCCUCGAUUGCGAGAAGGUCAAGAGCAGCCUCCAUAAGCGCUGGAAUUUCAUACAGAAUGGUGCCAUCCUGAACAAGGGAACGGGACGAUGCUUGGAAGUGGAGAACAGGGGAAUGGCCGGCAUCGAUCUGAUUCUCCGCAGCUGCACAGGACAAAGGUGGACGAUUAAAAAUUUCAUCAAGUAAAAGGUGGAGGAGUCAGGGGAGUUUGGCUUGCAACGCGGCUGACUUGGACUGAUCUGACUGGACUCCUUUGGAAAGGACAAGAUAUCGAAACAGAGCUUUAUUCAUGUUAUUAGGAGAGGACAUGGGGGAAAUGGGCAUUUGUGUCUUUAUUUUUAUUGUAUAUUAGUCUCCCACAGCUGAUUCCAACUGUGUGAAAUUGGGUCAGAACUGCUAUUUUCUUCUGGCAAGCGCUCUAAAAGGUACCACUUAUUUCUGCUGGAAUGACGGUAAUAAGCUCAUGCAGUCUUGUGAGCAUUUUACUGACAGGGAAUUGUCGCUUUCCCAGACGACUCCAGGCUCUCCCAAAGGGCCAGGUAGGUUUGCACCACGAUCGGAG